CAACGUCUCUUUCCAAAAGGCUGGGUGUGAACCUGCCAAGGAGCAGCCGUGGGCGCGGCUGAAGACUCAGCCCUUCCGGCUCUGUUUAGACAUGUAUUUGAGACCUGAGUGAAAGUUUCAAGUAACGUAGUAGCGCUGCGCGUUGGUUGCUGAAGCAGUGCGCUGAAGUUGACUGAUACAUAAGAGCCGAGGGGAUUUAUACGCUGUUGUAUUCUUUGUUUGCGGACUUCUCUUGAUUAUUUCUCGUCGUUAUUUAUUCGAAGGUGGAAUGGAAUGGAUUAUUUAAGUACAAGGAAUAGACACCUUUCUGGUGGGAGCUCAGCGCUCUCAGCCAACGUUGUGACAGAAAGCGUAACAACGACAACCAGACUAACAUCACUGCCUCCAACUUCCGGAGGGUUCUCUGUCAGUUCCUCUGGAGGAGGGUAUGGAGCGGGGUCCGGGGGCGGGUCCGGUGGCGGGUAUGGAGCAGGGUCUGGGGGCGGAUCCGGAGGCGGGUCAGGAGGCGGGUCCGGGGGCGGGUCCGGAGGAGGUUCCAGGGGAGCCGUUAGAGGGACCUCGGGAUCCUUCUCCAUGGUAACAAAGGGAGGCUCCUCCUCGUCCGUGUCUGGGGGUGUAAGGAGGGGCCCUGCCUAUUCCCCGGCUCUCAUCGAGAGGAAGACCAUCAUCAGCCACUCAGGCGGGUAUGAAGGAAGUUCUAGUGGGAAUUCCUCACCGGAAUACACAAGGAAAGAGUAUGUUGCUGCCAGCUCUUCAUCCAGAGGGAGGAGCCAGAGCAGAGAGAGUGAAAUUCGAGCCAGAUUGCAGAGCGCUUCUCCCUCCACCAGAUGGACUGAGCUGGAAGACGUGAAGAAGCUCCUGAAAGGCAGCCGCUCCUGCAGCGUGAGCCCCACCCGCCCCAUCUCCGACACCAUCCCCAUCCCCAAGAAGGGGUCCGUGGAGACCAGGAUCGUCACCGAUGGCUCGCAGUCAGUUGCCUUCGGAGCCUCAGAGUCUGGUCACUGGAGGUUUGUCUCUUACCAGACGAGUCACAGCCCCUCAGUCAGGGCGGGGCCUGUGUCUCACGCCCCCAGUGGAGCCCCAUUGCUGACGCAGUAUGACACCACGGUGAUUGACGCUGUCCAGCCCUCCUACACGUGGACCACCUCCAGCCUGCCCUCAGGGUUCGCUGGCAUGACUAUGCCCAGCUACUCCACGAGCCCCAAAAACCUGUCCCCCGGAUCCACCCUCCUCCCCCCUCCGCCCCUGUCAUCGCUCUCAGUUUCUGGCGUCCAGAACAACAUGAUGAGCGGACCCCCCCCGGUCAGCAGCGGCCUGUCCUGCGGUAGCUCAGCGUACGGUCUUCAGAAUAACCUGGUUACAACAUCCAACGGUGCUCUCACCUCCGGUGGGUUUAACUCACAUGCAGGUUAUGGGGUACAGAAGAAUGUGUCAGUCAGCACUGCAGUCUCCACCAAUACAGCCUCUGUGGUCCGGCCGCACCUUGAGGAGAAUUUCCUCAAAGACUUCAAGUUCCUGCUGCUGGAGAAGGAGAACCUGCCGGUCCGGAAGGAGGACGACCUGCAGAUCAUGACCAAAGACAGCGGGAAGCAGUUCAGCAGCGCGCCGAACCGGGCUCCCAGGGGGUCAUUUUCAGACGACUCUCUGAAGAAGGAGAAAAUGAUGCCUAGCUACGCUGAAUCUCCACUUAAGGCCGACACAAACGCAUACUUUGGAUCCCCAAAAGUGCCAACAAAAGACAAGGCAACAUAUGCAGCGAUUCAUAAGGAUGGGAACUACGCAGGGGGCGGGGGCGGGGCCGGGGGCGGCGACGGCUGCUGUGGAGACUCCUGCUGCAGCUGGUGGAAGUGGCUGCUGGGACUGCUCCUGGGACUGCUGCUCCUCCUGGGGCUCCUGUGCGGACUCAUUGCACUGGCGGAGGAGGUGAAGAGGCUGAAGGGCCGGGUGGAGGCUCUGGAGCAGGUCUCCUUGGGGGGGAAGGCCAGCCGCCGCGUGGGCGAAGCCUACACGGACGUCCCCGGCUCGUCCGUUUUGGGGCGGAACCUGAACCUGGCCAACACGGACACCGCCACCCUGCAGCAGCUCGUACAGCAGCUGGUCCAGGCCGAGCUGCGGUCCGACACGGUCCGAGACUCACUUGCCGUGUCUCUCAAAGGAGAAAGAGGAGAACAAGGACCCAAAGGUGAAUCAGGCGUUAUGGGACCCAAAGGUGAUGCUGGUUUCCCUGGAAUACCAGGUGCUCCAGGACACGUUGGUCCAGAAGGACCUAAGGGACAGAAGGGAACUGCAGGGGAAUCUGGACCGGAGGGCCCGGCCGGGCUGAAGGGACGAGAGGGCCCAGUGGGGCCCCGUGGUGACCCCGGGCCCCCAGGAUUCGGCACAAAGGGAGAUAAAGGCUCCAGCGGUGACCCAGGCAUCCCUGGGCCCCUCGGAUCCCCCGGUCCUGUGGGCCCCAAAGGUGCACCCGGCGCUCACGGUACAAACGGCCGACCAGGUGAACCCGGUGCUCCAGGUUUCCGCGGUGACGUAGGCCAAUCUGGACCGAAAGGAGAGAGAGGGUUGACUGGACCUCCAGGACAGAAAGGAGAUCCUGGUGAUAAAGGCCCACGAGGUUCUUCAGGAGACCCAGGGUUGCCUGGAAGCCCGGGAUCACCUGGAGAGAAAGGUUCCAAAGGAAACGCAGGUUCUCAUGGGUCUGAUGGAGAAAAGGGCGCCAGAGGUGACCAAGGACCAAUCGGACUGCCCGGCAUUCGUGGUCCACCUGGACCUCAGGGAGAUAUCGGCUCUCCAGGCGUUCCAGGACUUCAGGGUCCACCAGGGGUAGCAGGAAAUCCUGGCCAGCCUGGAGCUAAAGCUCUGUGGGUAUUCCCGGCCCCCCAGGCAGCCCUGGACCCGCCGGUCCCGCUGGCCCCCCCGGACUGUCAGGUCUGA